AUGAGAGGCCUGGCAGGCUUUCUCCUUUGCUCGCUGCUGCUGCUGGCCCCUCGUUACACAGUGGUGGCCGUUGACGAUGUCCAGCCUGAUCCCAAAACGCCAUGCGCCAACUGGAUGGGAGGAGCACCUGGCUACCCUGGCCACAACGGGCUCCCUGGCCGGGACGGCAAAGACGGAAAAGAUGGACUAAAGGGAGAGAAAGGAGAGGAAGGCGUGCAAGGACCCAAAGGCGACCAAGGUGAAAUAGGAACACCAGGGCACGAAGGGCCGAGAGGAUUUCCCGGAUACCCAGGGCAGAAGGGGGAGAAGGGCGAAGGUGCCUUCGUCCACCGCUCUGCCUUCAGCGUGGGGCUGACGGAGCGAGCCCCCCACCCCAACGUUCCCAUUCGCUUCACCAAGAUCUUCUACAACGAGCAGAAGCACUACGAUGCCAGCACCGGCAAGUUCUUCUGCAACAUCCCUGGCACGUACUACUUUGCCUACCACCUGACGGUCUACCUGUCGGACGUCAAGGUCAGCCUCUACAAGAAGGACAAGGCGGUGGUCUUCACCUACGACCAGUUCCAGAAGAACAACGUCGACCAGGCCAGCGGCUCCGUCCUGCUGCACCUCAGUGCUGGGGAUGAGGUCUGGCUUCAGGUGUACGGGGAGGGGGACAACAACGGCGUCUACGCCGACAACAUCAAUGAUUCCACUUUCAUGGGCUUCCUCCUGUACCCAGAUCCGGAUGAGCACUAA